CGCGCACACUCCGAGGGACGCAGCGAGCGCAGAGCCGCCGCCGGCCGCCGGGCGCCCCCCUGCCGCCCCAUGCUGUGCUCCAUGGCGAACUCGGGCUGCCUCCUGCUGUCCAACUCUGGCAGCAUGCUCCCGCACUCCGUGCCCUGCCCGCCUGCCUUCCUCUACCUCCAACAGAGCGAUCAGGACGCCACGGCUCCGCCUGAAGCGAUGGCCCAGCCCUACCCCCCCGCCCAGUACCCCCCUCCGCCACAGAACGGCAUCCCUGCCGAGUACGCCCCGCCCCCGCCUCACCCCACGCAGGACUACUCCGGCCAGACCCCGGUCCCCCCAGAGCACGGCAUGACCCUGUACACACCAGCACAGACCCACCCCGAGCAGCCAGGCACCGAGGCCAGCACGCAGCCCAUCGCCGGGACCCAGACAGUGCCGCAGACAGAUGAGGCGGCACAGACGGACAGCCAGCCGCUCCACCCCUCCGACCCCACAGAGAAGCAGCAGCCCAAGCGGCUACAUGUCUCCAACAUCCCCUUCCGGUUCAGGGACCCCGACCUGCGGCAAAUGUUCGGGCAAUUCGGAAAAAUUUUAGACGUGGAGAUCAUUUUUAACGAGCGGGGCUCCAAGGGUUUUGGGUUUGUAACUUUUGAAACUAGCUCAGAUGCUGACCGAGCCCGGGAGAAGCUGAAUGGGACGAUCGUAGAGGGACGGAAAAUUGAGGUCAAUAAUGCCACAGCUCGAGUCAUGACCAACAAGAAGACGGGGAACCCCUAUACCAAUGGCUGGAAGCUAAACCCCGUGGUCGGCGCAGUCUAUGGGCCUGAAUUCUAUGCAGUGACGGGGUUCCCCUACCCCACCACCGGCACAGCCGUUGCCUACCGGGGCGCGCACCUACGGGGCCGGGGCCGGGCCGUGUACAAUACGUUUCGGGCUGCGCCGCCCCCGCCCCCCAUCCCGACCUAUGGAGCGGUCGUGUAUCAGGAUGGAUUUUAUGGUGCUGAGAUUUAUGGAGGCUAUGCAGCCUACAGAUACGCUCAGCCUGCGGCGGCAGCGGCAGCAGCCUACAGCGACAGUUAUGGCAGAGUCUACGCAGCUGCCGACCCCUACCAUCACACCAUCGGGCCCGCGGCAACCUACAGCAUUGGAACCAUGGCUAGCCUCUGCCGAGGAGGGUACAGCCGCUUCACCCCCUACUAGCAAGAGACCCAGCCCCUAACAGCAUUCACACUGACUGCCUAGUCAAACCAAACCCAACAGUCCAAACCAGGCACAGCCACCAGGAAGACAGUGCACCCCUCCCGGUCAGCGACACGCACCGCUGACCCUCCGCGACUCUAAAAUCCAUAGAUUUUUAUCUCCAGCCAGCUGGGCUCCCCACCCCACCCGUGAUGGCGUGUGUGUCUUUGACCCUGGUUUUUCCUGUAUGUCUGAAACCUUGGUUUCCUAUAUUGACUUUGUUGAUGUUGUACUACCCAAGCCAUUUCAGGUACGGUAUGCACAUCGUGGGGGGCCAGGCUGGGGCAGGAGACCAAGGCAGCUCUCCCCUCCGAGACUAGCAAUUGCUCCUUUCGAGGGGGUCGCUUACGUUUUCUGGCCACCUGGGCUCCCUAGAGCUCCAGAAAUGUCUGGUGGGGCCAACUCUUAAAGCCACCACAGCCAGCCCUAUGCCACGGCCCGCUGCUUCCCCAGUGUGCAGGCCCUGAUGCAGGGAGGGAGGCCUCAGGCGUCCCAUCGUGGUUUCUUCCAGCCCGACAGCACGCCUGUCCAUCACCCAGCUAACCACAGGAGCACCCACCUCCUGCUCCUCAUCCCCCUCAGCUGAAACCAAUGUUUUUAAUUAAAAUUGUAUUGCUGA